UAUUGGCAAAUGGAACAAGGAGGAGAGAACUGGAAGUAUCCACACCGCGAGUAAUGAAAGCGAAAUUCGAAUAUUUCCGUUGUCUUAGCUACAUUUUUACGCUGUAAUUGUGUCCCAGGACACACAAGAAGAAGUUUAUCUUUAGAGGCAUCUUAUAUAAAACAAGUAAAAAUAAUAUGAGGAAGAAGACAUUGAAGUAGCAUUUCGGCUAGUCGAGUCAUGCUAGCUAGAUACUGCAUCCCGGAAGCUAUCGCCUAAGGAAAAGCCUUCUAUGGAUAAACGUGGAUUUAUGUGCUAUUUUAGCGAGCUGAGGAACAACAGGUUGGUCGUAAAAAAGAUUCGCGCAUCCCGGCGGCUGUCAUGGACAACGUGAGAUCGGCACGCAGUCACGAUGAGGAUGAAGAGCUCCACUCCGAUCCAGACACUAAAGAGAGGACUAAAGACAAGAAGGUUUUGUGUAAAGUGAAGUGGUCCCGCGAUGAGGAUGACAAACUGAAAAAGCUCGUGGAGCAACAUGGCACGGACUCCUGGAAAUUAAUAGCAAACUAUUUCCCUGGGAGGACAGAUGGUCAGUGUCAGCACCGCUGGCAGAAGGUGCUCAACCCAGAGCUGGUGAAAGGGCCGUGGACAAAGGAGGAGGAUCAGAAGGUCAUCGACCUGGUCCACAAGUACGGGCCCAAACGCUGGUCCGUGAUCGCAAAGCACCUUCAAGGCAGGAUCGGCAAGCAGUGUCGCGAGCGCUGGCACAACCACCUCAACCCUGAAGUGAAGAAGUCCUCCUGGACUCAGGAGGAGGAUCGGAUCAUCUAUGAGGCCCACAAGCGUCUGGGGAACCGUUGGGCAGAGAUCUCUAAGCUCCUUCCUGGACGGACGGACAACUCCAUCAAGAAUCACUGGAACUCCACCAUGAGGAGGAAAGUGGAGCACGAAGGCUACCUCCAAGACGGCUGCCCGAAGACUUUCACUGCCUCGCACAAUGGCGGGAAAAGACGCCAUCACUCGCCGUGCCCCGCACCCACCCCGAAAGAGGCGCAGCAUUGCGACCGUAGCCCCUUGCCUGCCGUGACGGGACCCAACCAGAUGACAGGGUAUCAUUUUGAACCUCAUGGGCGCCCCCUUAUGGACAGUUCUGGUUUCAUGCCACCGCCCUGCCCGGACGAUCCCGACAGAGAACAGAGAAUUAAGGAGCUUGAGUUACUGCUUAUGUCAGCAGAGAGUGAAGUCCAGCGCAGAGGUCCAUGUAACUUGGAUCAGUACUCGACUUGGUCGGAUGGCUUGUCCGAAGAAACGCUCGUCUCAAGCAGCAGCAGUAGUAGUAGUAGUAUAAGUAGUCUGGAGGAGCAGGUGCACAGGAGAUCCUGGUCCAAGCCUGAGAACCCUAGAGGAACUUCCACCAAAAUGCCGGUGUCUCCUAGUAAAUUCCUGGCUGUGGAGGCGAGCACGGUGUUGUCCACUCUGCAGACCAUGCCGGACUUUGCUGAAACCAUGGAGCUCAUUGACUCAAUGUGCUUUGCUCUACAGGACCCAUCGGCAUGGAGCAACGUGACCGGUUUUGACCUCUCAGAGGUAGAACCCAGACAAGACCAGACUCUCCUUCAAGAGAGGAGCUUCUUGGGGCACAUAUCACCUCCCUGCACCUCCAAGGUGACCACAGCCACAAGGAGGAAGAGGAGAAGCCGAGGGGAAGCGUCUCCUCUGUGUGAUAGGACCUGCCCUUCCUUUUUGGACAAUGUCUCCAAUUCACCGAAGAAGACGCCUACAAAGCCGUUCACUCCAUCACGGUUCUGCAAUGUAUCAGCGGCAGAGCAUUUGAGUUUGGACAACCCGGCGCUCACGUCAACACCCGUUUGUGGACACAGAUGUUUCCACAACACGCCACUCCACAAGGAGUCAACACCUAAGCACCAGAAAGAGAACGAUGGUUCCAGGACGCCAAAGUUCCGUAAAAGCGUCACCAUUCCGAUACCGAGGACCCCGACUCCUUUCAAGAAUGCUCUAGCAGCUCAGGAGAAGAUGCACGGCCCGUUAAAGAUGGAGCCGCAGCCUCUUGCUUUUCUCGAAGAAGACAUCCGAGAGGUUCUGAAGCAGGAAACAGGAGCGGACAUCUUUAACAGAACAGACAUGCAGCCUGAUUACAAAAUGGAUUGCCCUGCUAGAAAAGUACGCAAAUCCUUAGUGCUUGACCCCUGGGGGAAGGACUGUCUAAACGUGCAGCUGUUCCCAGAUCAGCUCAACGAUGCACAAGUUCCAGAUGAGAGUCUACUGACCAGUUCCUCCCUGAGCUCCCCGGCUACAGAACACCAGGAGGCGGACGAGGAGGAGGACACUCGUUGCCCUUUGACCCAACAAAAGGACCCCCCUUCUGUUGCUCUGCACCGUCGCCGCAAAAUAAAAACAAAGCCCACUAACACCCACAGAGCUGCAAAACACAACACAGCACAGGUGAGUGAAUGGGAAGCAGUGCUUUACGGGAAGACGGAAGACCAGCUGCUUAUGACAGAACAAGCCCGCCAUUACCUGAACCCUUACCCGUCGCCCGGCCCCACCUCUAGGACCCUUGUGCUAUAAGACCCAACUGCAAAUACUUUUCCUUUUCACACAGAAUCAUGGACAGAAAUGGCAGCUUUUAUAAGCGGUAUAAAAAAAAGUGCGUCUUCCCGUAUCUUCUGCACUAUUCUAAAAGCAGGGUGAAGAACUGUAUUUGCUGUGCUUCCAAGAGCGUUUUUGAGGAGGACCGUGUGUACAGUAGAGCACUUGUUAUACCGCUUUUUUUUUUUUUAUUUUAUGUGUGAGCUAAACGUCCAGCCGUGAAGGCCACACCAUGUGGCCAGUUGAAUGUAUUUGACUGCAAUGUAAACAGGAAGGGUACCUUUUAUUGUUUAUUAUUUGUAUUUAUUACCAGACAGCUUCUAAAGAUGCUUAGAUAUGAAUUAAUAUAAGUCAGACAACAAGUAGUCUAACUUUGGACGCCCUCGCAGGAAAAAAAAUAAUCAGUUUGGAGAAGCUUUUGUAUUUAUUUAAUUUUUACUAAUUUAUUUAUUUGGUUAAAGAAAUAACUUUUAUUGGCCUACCAAGUUAGUACAUGCACUGCCUUCCAAAUCAUAUUUUUUUUUUUACUUUUUAUGCGCUUAGGACGCAAUUUCUGACCUCUAAAUCAUAGACAAAUUGCACUUUUUUUCAUUUCAAUGAUUGUUCCUUAAAAAAAACAAAAAAAGUGUAGCCGUUUAUUUGUAGAAUUAUUUUGAAUUUCUAAUCCAAUGCUGAUAUUUUUAUUUCACUAAUUUGAUACCAGAUGUGCUAAAGCCGCACUACAAAUUCACAAAGUGUCAUAUCGGUAUUAGUAAUAAUCCGGAUUAUCCUGCAUUACAAGAUGAUGAUAAGAAGGGAAUCUUGUCAGGGAGAUCAAGUGGAAAGAUCAUAUGUGUGUAUAAAUAUAUAUUUGGAGAGCAUAUACACAAUAGAACUACUGUAAUGAUGUGCAUGACAUUCUGUAGACGAAGGUACCGUGAUGAGAUCCUACUGAUGGGCGGAGUUUGCUCAAAUAAACACAUA